AUGUCUGGAGCAGUUGACGAAAGGUCCAGCGGAAGCGUGGUGAGACCCAAAAAUCUUCUUGGAAAAAGGAGCAGAGGCAAGUGUCUCGAGCACUUUACUAUUCGGCACCAAAGAAGUUUCGAAAAAUCAAAAGCAUUAAUACUAUCGCGAUUCUCGAAGGUAGCUGAGCCUCAGGAAAAGAGAUGGUUGUCGAUUGACUUGAAGACCAUCACGUGCAUGAUCGAUAUGAAAAACUUUGACGUAUUCCUCAGUAUGGAUUUGAUGAGCAAGUACCCGGCAGACGUUCAAUGCCAUGAUCCUAAGGCUGAAAUUCCAUGGAAAAGGGCUAUGAAGAGACAGCAAAAUAAGGGUAGCCGAGGGUUUUUGGAGAUCGAAGUCGGGAAUGAGACGAGGAAAACAUCGCCUGAGGACGUAUCGUUUGAGAACCACCACACAGCACCAGUUGUUUCCGUGGAGGAGAAGGAUGGGCCAAUGACGAUGUGCAUUGACUACUGUGGGCUCAAUAGACUGAUGAUCGAUUGGAGAUUUGGCUACCACCAAUUGAAGGUGAAGGAGUCCGACGUGUCUAAGACGCGUCCACUCUCCCUUCGGAUCUCUUUCAUUAAUGCAAUUAACUCACACAUUCUUCAACGGUUUAAAGAAUAG